GCUACAGUUCCGGUGGCCAAUCAGCGGCGAGGAGGCGGAGCUGCUGAGCGAUCCCGGAGGUGUGGCCAGGUGACAGGAGCAGCUGGGGGGAGGAAUAGUGCCACAUCGUUGGUGUCAGUGGGGGGAGGAAUAGUGCCCCAUCGUUGGUGUCAGUGGGGGGAGGAAUAGUGCCCCAUCGUUGGUGUCAGUGGGGGGGAGGAAUAGUGCCCCAUCGUUGGUGUCAGUGGGGG